CCCCCCCCCCCCCCCCCCCCCCCCCCCCCCCCCCCCCCCCCCCCCCCGCGCCGUAAAAGAGGCCUAAACUUGAUGAGUGAUCAGCAUUAGGUAAGAGCUGUGACCAAACAGAAUUAAAAGUCCCUAGCUAUCAUGGUUCUUGAGUUACAGGGGGCCCGCUACUUUUGAGGAGUACUAUACGAUUUGAUCUGCUGGUCAAAGCAAAGAUUGUUUGUUCCACUUUUAAAUUCUUUCAUAUAGCUUAUUUGGUUUAUGAGAGAUAUGUUAAUGCUGAGCUUAGGAGCGACGAAACAGCUAAGUUCGCGGGAGACUUCUAUACACUAAAUACGUCAGGCUUUUCGCUGACCAAUGACGGAUUAUCGAAAAUAGAAGUUUUUAUGUAUUGGACCAAAUCUCACUACUUCUCGUUGUUUAGGGAUUGUGAUCCAGGCGGACACCUACUCGAUUCACCGCAGUAUCAAUUUGUGGGGACCCGAAGACCCUAAUCUUUUUGUUCCGGAACGUCAUAUGGUCAAACGGCAUCCUCUUGCUUACAUGCCUUUUGGUGUUGGGCCACGAAAUUGUGUUGGAAUGAGAUUUGCUUUAAUGGAAUUAAAAAUGAGUUUGGCAAGCCUGUUGCAUACGUACACAGUUCUACCCGGUGAUAAGCUCGAAGAAGGUAUGACUCGACAAGAAACAAUAACUCUUUCACCAGAGGCUAUCUAUGUACGAGUUGAAAAACGAUUAAAAUAA